AUGGGUGAUAGGUCUACUGGUGAUUGGUCUACUAUAGCAGAAACAGGGUCAGAAGUUUCAGAAACGGGUGUGAUGGUGGGAUUAGUAUUGGUGUUGGGAAAUGAACCAUUGGACAAAGGGGAGAUGUCAUCAUUGUCCAUUGAGACAUCAUAUAAAGGAAUACUUUGUACAUCCAAACCAAUCGAUCAUGUUAUUGAAGUUGAAGAUAAUAGUGAAAUCGAAUUGUCAAAUGAACAACAUGAGAAUGGUGUGAAUGAUGUUGUUGAUAUCAAUGAUGAAACUGGAAAUAAUGAUGCUAGUGAAGACUCAGGUGAAGAUUCUGAAACUGAAUAUGAUAGCUCAAAUGAUCUACCUACAAGGAGAAUAAAACCACCUGGCUACCUCAGAGAUUAUGUGACUGGAUUGGAAAAUAUGGACAAUCAAAAUUCUAGUCACCUCCAGAACUUGACAAUUACUAUGUUUAGCUCCAAAGAAGAUCCAAGUUCCUAUGAAAAAGCUAUAAAGUUACACACUUGGAAGAAGGCCAUGGAGAGUGAACUGUAG